AUGUCCCCUGCUGGUCGACGUGAAUACAGAUCCAAGGACAAAUUUGCUACUUUCCGUGAACUAAGAAGUGCGGGGGGUAAUUCUCGCUUACAUAAAUAUGAGGUGCAAGACGACGACAUUUAUGAUGAAGUCGAUGAAGCUGAGUAUCAUGCCAAAUUUCGAGAUCGUGAAUUUGAAGACGAAUUUGUAGUCGAUGAUGACGGCUCUGGCUACGUAGAUUAUGGACAAGAUGAUUUUGGAGAACCGUAUUUUGAAUCGUCUGAUGAAGACGCAGAGCAAAAAGGCAAGAGAAGAAAAAAAACGAGUAAGGUAGUUAAAUCUCCACCAAACAAGAAGUUAGAAACUUUCUUCGCAAACGCUGCGAAUAAAUCGACUAAACAGCAAGAUAGAACUACCGAGGAUGAUAUGUUUAUGGUCAACCUGUUAACAAAUCUGGAUGGCAUAGAGGGCACGCCAGAACAACCUGUUGAUUUCUUCGCGAGCGCCACGAAUAAAUCAACUAAACAGCAAGAUAUAACUACCGAGGAUGACAUGGUUAUGGACAGUUUUUUAACAAAUCUGGAUGUCAUGGAAAGUACGCCAGAAGAACCUGUUGAGCUUCGGCGGGUUGAGAUCACCCAAGAUCAGGAUUUCGAUGCAUCCGUUCAGGAUGUCAAGCCAGACAUCCUGAGCCAAUCCGAUAGCAUUAAAUUUUAUUGGAUUGAUGCGCAAGAGAUUUCUGGCCUACUGUAUAUCUUUGGCAAGGUUCAGGAUAAAUCUACCAACACGUUUGUCAGUUGUUGUGUAACAGUUAAGAAUAUUGAACGUAACCUCUUCAUAUUACCACGGAAGAAACGAUUUGAUCGAGACGGUAAUGAAACCGAAAUUGAAGUGAACUUUGAAGAUGUCAUUGCAGAGUUUGAUGGAAUACGGUCCAAACACCAAAUACGUAAAUGGGGGGCGAAGCCUGUUACUCGCAAGUAUACCUUCGAGUUGCCGAAUAUUCCUUCCGAAACAGAAUAUUUAAAAGUCGUAUAUUCGUUCUCGCAACCACAGCUCCCGAGUAACUUGACCGGCGAGACUUUUAGCCACAUAUUUGGUACAAACACUUCUGCUUUGGAGCUAUUCCUCAUAAAAAGGAAAGUAAUGGGCCCAUGUUGGUUAGAAAUAAAAAACGCUACGCCUAGCGGCACCAACAUUUCUUGGUGCAAGACCGAAAUAAUAAUCGAAAAUCCAAAGGAUAUCGACAUUCUUAAAGACACAAACGACUCGGCGUAUCAAAAUCCGCCACCAGUAACGAUAAUGUGUUUUAGUUUACGCACAAUUAUGAAUCCGACAAAAAAAGUCAAUGAAAUCGUCAUCGCGAGUGCACUUGUUUUUAGAAAUGUCCCUAUAGAUACUGCCGACCCACCCGAAAAGAUUCCGUCCACUUAUUUUACCGUGGUACGUCAACUGAGUCAUACUCCAUAUCCGGUUGGAUUUCAUGACAAUGCGCAGCAGCGUGGCAUUAAAUUAGAAAUAACUAGAACCGAAAGAUCAUUGUUGAAUUACCUCAUAGCCAUCAUCCAUCGAGUCGAUCCGGAUGUUCUAGUUGGACACAAUUUUGUUGGGUUUGAUCUUGACGUAUUAUUGCAUCGGAUGAAAGAACUCAAGAUUGAUGGCUGGUCUAAGCUUGGACGUCUACGACGAACUACAUGGCCUAAACUACAAACUGGCGCUGGAGGGAUGAGCGACUCGACAUAUAUGGAGAAGGCGAUCGUCAGUGGUCGCCUCAUGUGUGACACUUACCUGAGCGCGAGGGAUUUAAUCAAGUCCAAAAAUUAUACGCUGACGGAAUUGGCAUCAUCUCAAUUGAAAUUUAAACGCGAAGAUAUCGAAUUCUCCAAAAUAGAUACAUACUUCCAAACUUCGGCUAACUUAUUUUAUGUCAUCAAACAUUGCGAGAAUGAUGCGUACCUUGCCGCUGCGUUGACAUUUCGAUUGCAAGUUCUUCCGUUAUCUAAACAAUUAACGAAUUUAGCGGGCAAUACCUGGGCGAGGACACUGAUCGGAGGCAGAGCAGAACGAAAUGAGAGCUUGCUGCUUCAUGAAUUUCAUCGUAACAAAUACAUAUGUCCAGAUAAAGCUUACACAAAUAUUAAGAACAAGUAUUCCGAUUUCGGAGUUGACGAUUAUGAUCAGUCAAUAAAGAAAACAGGAAGACGAAAACCAGCCUAUGCUGGUGGUCUUGUAUUAGAGCCUAAAAAAGGCUUUUAUGACAAAUAUGUCCUGCUGUUAGAUUUUAAUAGUUUAUAUCCAUCUAUAAUUCAGGAAUAUAAUAUUUGCUUUACGACAAUAUCUCGUGCUGACACGGAAAAUGAAGAGCGGGUACCUGACAUCCCAGAUUCAGGACUACCUCAAGGCAUCCUUCCAAAACUGCUUGCUAGUUUGGUAGACAGACGAAGGCAGGUGAAGCGGUUAUUAAAAGACCCUCACAUCGCAGAGAGUGUUCGAAUGCAGUAUGACAUUAGGCAGCAAGCCUUGAAACUCACUGCGAAUAGUAUGUACGGAUGCCUUGGAUUUACAUUCUCACGGUUUUACGCAAAAUCUUUGGCUAUGCUAAUUACGUCGAAAGGUCGUGAGAUUCUGCAGAAUACAGUUGAUUUAGCAGAAAGUGAAAGGAUGGAAGUUAUAUAUGGCGAUACUGAUUCCAUAAUGAUUUACACGAAUGAGAUGGAUUUGAAGAAAGUACGUGAGAUGGGCAAUUUACUGAAAAGAAAAGUCAAUGAAAGAUACAAACUACUUGAGAUCGAAAUGGACGGUUUCUUUCGGAGAAUGUUGUUAUUGAAAAAGAAAAAAUAUGCAGCGCUGAUCGCUGAAGAGAAAAACGGCGUGUUGGAGACUUCGAUUGAGACAAAGGGUCUUGACCUUGUUAGAAGAGACUGGUGUGGUCUGUCACAUGACGCAUCAAAAUAUGUAUUAGAACAGCUUCUGUCUCCCGAUGAUCGAGAGGAUGUAUUAAAUAGAAUACACAAAUUCCUCACCACCUUAGCUGAAGAGACGCGUUUAGGAAGAAUACCCACAGACAAGUUUGUCAUAAAUAAGAAUCUCACAAAAGCACCAGAGGACUAUGCUGACAAGCAAAAUCAACCACAUGUACAAGUUGCGCUGCAAAUGAAGAAAAAGGGGCUUGGCGUUCGUACUGGGGACACGAUACCGUACGUAAUUUGCGCCGGGGAUGAAUUCAAAGAAACUAAAAUAAUUGCAGACCGUGCGAGACAUCCCAACGAUAUAUCAUCUUCGGGCACAUUAAAGAUUGUAGAUUAUGAAUGGUAUUUAAAUCAGCAAGUUCACCCGGCUGUCGCGAGGCUUUGUGAGCCUAUUGAAGGAACCGAUUCUGUACAGAUUGCUAGAUGUUUAGGACUCGAUACGUCCAAGUUCCGUGUUUCGAUAGGCUCUGGAUCUGCAGUAGCAGAGCUUUACACACUGGAUUCUCAGAUCAGUGAUGAAGAACGAUUUGUGAAUGCAGACAGAUUUAAGCCGAUUUGUAAAUAUUGUCAAGGACAAUCCAUAUUCGAAGGCGUGAAUUCAAAAAAUGACGGAUAUGUUCUUUCUCCAUCAGGGAUAUUGUGUCCGAAUUCAGCAUGUAAUCGGGUACUCCCAAUAGCGUCUCUAAUUGCACAACUUUCAUGUCAAAUUCGAUGGCACAUAACUAAAUAUUACGAAGGGUGGCUAGUCUGCGACGACGAAGCGUGCCGUAAUCGUACCAGACUUAUGCAUGGGAAACGAUGUUUACAUCCCGGAUGCCGUGGAACUGCAGUCGCGGAGUAUUCGGAUACGUUGUUAUACGAACAACUGUUAUAUCUGUCAACUCUGUUCGAUGUCGACAAGGCAAUGAAUUCUAAAAAAAGGACUAUUGAGGAUCAAACGAAAACAAUGAUAGAGCAGAAUCGCCAUCUGUUUGUUCCGUUAAAGAAAGUCGUUGAUGGGUACUUGGACAGGUGUGGAAGGCGGUUCGUAGAUUUAAAUCAAUUGUUUUCAUUCUGCCAAACUUAA